AUGAAUUCUCUUUCUCAUGGAUUUUCCGUGAAAUCUGCGGUAGCGGCUGCGGAUAAUUUAAAGAUCAUCAUUUCGGAUGGAUUUAUGAAAGGAUUGGAUUCUCUCGUCGUACCUGAUAAGAACCAGUUCCAACAUAUUCUUCGUUUAUUGAACACCAAUGUUGAGGGUAAAACCAAAGUAAUGUUCGCCUUGACGGCCAUCAAAGGUGUUGGUCGUAGAUAUUCUAAUAUUGUAUGCAAAAAAGCAGACGUCGAUUUACGCAAACGAGCUGGUGAAUUAACUAAUGAAGAAUUAGAAAGGAUCGUAACGAUCAUUCAAAAUCCAACACAAUUUAAGAUUCCAAACUGGUUCUUAAAUAGACAAAAAGAUAUAGUUGACGGAAAGUAUUCUCAGAUUCUUGCCAAUGGAUUAGAAUCUAAAUUACGUGAAGAUUUAGAAAGAUUGAAAAAGAUUAGAGCUCAUCGUGGUUUAAGACAUUAUUGGGGUCUUAGAGUGCGAGGUCAACAUACUAAAACUACUGGUAGACGUGGUAGAACUGUUGGUGUAUCCAAGAAGAAAGGUUAG